AAAAGAAUCGAGUAAUCUUUGGAUCGAAAUAGUCGUUUUUGAUGUCAAAAUUUUUGCGUUUCUUGAUAAAUUCUGAAAUCAUAUGAAACAAAAAUGUCCGACGAUGAUAAUGAUGAAGGCGGAAAAAAGUUUCAUCCAUUCACGGCGACCGAUGUACAGAAAAUCAGAUUGGAAAAAUUGAUGGCCAAUAUUGACAAACCAAUUGAGAUUCCUACCGGGCUUAAAACAAAAAAUUUCGCUACACCGCCGGAAUUUGUUCGAAAUGUUAUGGGAUCAAGUGCUGGAGCAGGUAGCGGUGAAUUUCAUGUUUAUCGUCAUCUUCGACGUAAAGAAUAUGCCAGACUUAAUUUCAUCGAAACACAGGCAAAAAAUGAACAAUUGGAUGAAUCGUAUCGGCAAAAAAUCGAAGAAAAUCGUCGUAAAGCCGAAGAAGCGACUGCUAAAAAACGAGCCAAACGUUUGAAGAAAAAGGAAAAAUUAAAAGCAAAGAAAAAGAUGCGAAAAAAUGAAGACAAUGAUAAACCAAAUUCGGAGGAUGAUAAUCAAGAUGAUAAUGGGAAUAAUACGGAUAGUAAUGAUUAAAUCAUCAUUCAUCACAUUUAAUUUUGUUUAUAUUUCAUUCAUUAAAUAAAAAUUCAUUCAAUCA